UAAAAGAGAAUGCCAUGGAACAACAAGGGCGGCUAAGUUAGUUAUAAUCGAUCGAUCGAUGAUUGUGACUCACUGUACGUAAGCGUUUAAUCAGUCAAAAUCCAAAAAUCUCUCAACUUUGCUUUUACAUUCCUUUGAUUCAACGCUUUAGGCUAAAGUCAAUCAUCCUGAAUUUCCAUUAAAUUUCACUAAUUUGCGCCGAAAGUUUUGAUUUUUUUCCGGUGAGAAUCACUCUGUUUACUUGUUCUGAGGAUUUCAGUCUCUGGUCUUCUGGAGAAAGAAAAAAAACACGAUCUUUGUUUUUUGGUGAACUGGGGUUUGCCGUUGAAGUGUUUUGGUGUCUUCAUUAAGUGUUGAUUUGUUCUGAGUAGAUUGAAAUUAGGGUUUUAGAUUUCAGGGGGUGUUGGAUUGUGAAUAAAGGUUACGUUUUUGCUUUUGAUUGGUUAUGUAUGUAUGUUUAUGUUGUUUAGAUUCAUCUUUUAGUGCUUAGAAUGGGUUGUGUAAGUUCUAGGCAUAGGCCUUUUAGAAGAAAGUCGUCAACACUCAAUGAGUUACCUGUGGAGAAACCUCCUUCCUCGCGGAUUGAUUCGUCGAGGAUAGAGGAGUGGAUCCAACCGGCAGAUGGGUUUGAUAGAUCCAGUAGCAAGGGAGAUGCCAAUGUUAGGUUAUUUAGUUCAGGUAGGUUUCAUGAUGAUGAUCAGAUUGGGAAGAUUUUGGAGUAUCCUGAGACGGUUGGUCGUAUGGAUCGAGUUGUUCAUGAUCAGGAAUUGAGAAGGGCGUCUAGUGCUGUUGCAGACCCGGAUUUGGAGAUUGAUUCAAACGUUAUGAAGCAUAAGCCAGAAAGAUGGAAUAGCAGGGUUUCUAAAGUUUCUAGUCAGUUUUCUGAUCAUCUUCUGAUUGAGAGGGAACCAGAGAAACCUGGGAUUGAAGCCUCGGUUCUAGCAGUUCCUCGGGAACUGAAGAGGGACCCGAACUUUGUUGGCCCAAAUGAUGCAGAGAGGAAGCAAGUGGCUGCAGGAUGGCCGACUUGGCUGGUCACCGUUGCAGGUGAGGCACUAGUGGGUUGGACUCCACGCCGAGCAAAUACUUUUGAGAAGCUGGAGAAAAUUGGUCAAGGAACAUAUAGCAAUGUGUAUAGAGCUCGUGAUCUUCUUCAUAACAAGAUCGUUGCGUUAAAAAAGGUCCGAUUUGAUCUUAACGAUAUGGAAAGUGUUAAGUUUAUGGCAAGAGAGAUCAUAGUAAUGAGACGGCUUGAUCAUCCUAAUGUCCUGAAACUGGAAGGGUUGAUCACUGCCCCUGUUUCAUCGUCCCUCUACUUAGUUUUCGAGUAUAUGGAUCAUGAUCUCUUAGGACUUUCUUCGCUACCCGGUGUCAAGUUUUCAGAGCCUCAGGUUAAGUGUUACAUGCGACAACUUCUAAGUGGGCUUGAACAUUGUCACAGCCGCGGUGUUCUUCAUCGUGAUAUUAAGGGCUCAAAUCUACUGAUUGACAGUAAAGGAGUCUUGAAGAUUGCAGAUUUUGGGUUAGCCACAUUUUACGACCCUGCAAAAAGUGUUCCAUUGACUAGCCAUGUUGUCACUCUUUGGUACCGGCCACCAGAACUUUUGCUUGGAGCCACUCAUUAUGGUGUUGGGGUUGAUCUAUGGAGCACAGGUUGCAUCUUAGGUGAAUUAUAUGCUGGUAGACCGAUCCUCCCUGGAAAAACCGAGGUAGAACAAUUGCAUAAAAUCUUCAAGCUUUGUGGUUCACCAACAGAAAAUUACUGGAGAAAACAGAAGUUAUCGUCUUCAGCUGGAUUCAUAACCACAAUUCCUUAUAGACGUAAAGUAUCAGAGAUGUUUAAGGACUUUCCUGCAAGUGUUCUUUCGCUUUUAGAGACUUUACUCUCCAUAGAUCCUGAUCACCGGAGCUCUGCUGAUUGUGCCCUUGAGAGUGAGUACUUCAAAACCAAACCAUUUGCUUGCGAUCCAUCGCACUUACCGAAGUAUCCUCCUAGUAAAGAGAUUGAUACUAAAAUGCGGGAUGAAGCAAAAAGGCAACAACCAACGAGGGCGGAUAAACAAGAACGGCAAAACUCUAUGACGAGAAGAUCACACGAAAGAAAACUUGUCCCACCGAUCAGAGAAAAUCACUCUCUAUCAAUGACAAUGGAGAAACAAUAUCAAGAUUUGAGAAGCAGAAACGAUAGUUUCAAGUCGUUUAAAGAGGAGAGGACUCUUCAUGGCCCAGUUGCUGAUUUUUUAAAUAUGCAAACCAGAAACAAUCAAACUGGUGGGAGGAUUUCACACUCAGGUCCACUGAUGAGCAACAGGAAUAUGGCUAAGUCAACGAUGCAUGUGAAGGAGAAUGCACUUCCUAGAUACAAUCCAGCUAGAGUAAACCAGAAGAUGUUAUCGGGAUCAGUCUCCUCCAAAGCAUUAUUAGGGCGACAAGAUCAACCAGUCUUGAAUCAAAGAAGAAGAGAUCGACGAGCGUACAAUAGAGCUGAUAAUAUGGAUAGUAGACCUAUGACUGCACCAAUUGAAGACCCUUCUUGGUAUACUCCUCGUGACAGCAAGAUUUACAUGUCAGGACCAUUGUUGGCUCAGCCAAGAAGAGUGGACCAGAAGCUUGAAGAACAUGAUCGGCAACUUCAGCAAUUCAACAGACAAGCACAAACGACACGCCAAGGCCGAACUCGCAAUUGGUAGAGCAAAAUUAUGUAUCAAAGAAUCAAUUUUUGUCUAACUUGCACCGCACCAAAGAACUAGUCGGGACAGAUUGGUCAAAAAAAAUGGUGUUGGUUUUCAUAGAUUGGGAUGAUAGGUUCUAGUUCUACUUACGGCUUAAGCCGCGAUUUGUUGAUUAGAGUGCUGUAUUUAUUAGAGUCACCAUAGAGGUUGAUCAGUGUACAUUAUAUUAUACGGAAUCUCUCCUUUACAUUCGUUAUACUGUAUUAAUUUGUUCUUUAUCUGUGUACAUUUUAUACGUAAUCUCUACUUUACAUUUGUUAUAUUGUAAUGGUGAGACGUUUGAUGUA